AAAAACCACUCCGGUCUUGAAGCGUUAGGAUUGCGGAGCCUGCGAAUGUGAAUAGCACAAGCGUACAGUGGGAUGAGUGCCGUGAUAGUCGUCCAUGGUGGAGCUUGGGCCAUACCAGACGAUCUGGCCCAGGCGUCGGUAGCGGGGGUCAAGGCCGCCGCCCGGAGGGGUUUCCUGGCCAUGAAAACGGGAGCCAGUGCUCUGGAGGCCGUGGAGCUGGCGGUGAGGACCAUGGAGGACGACCCAGUGUUUGAUGCAGGUCACGGGGCGGUGCUGAAUGCUGAUGGAGAGGUGGAGCUGGAUGCCAUCAUCAUGGACGGCAGGACCCUCGCUGCCGGAGCCGUGUCUUGCGUGAGGAACAUCCCCAACCCGGUCUCUCUGGCGAGGGCUGUGAUGGAAAAGACCGACCACGUCAUGCUCACAGACAGAGGUGCCAACCGAUUCGCUCAGAGCAUAGGCAUCCAGGAAGUGUCCCCGGAGAGCCUCGUCACAGAGCAGGAGCGGAGGGAGUGGGAAAAGAACAGGAAGUACUCCAGCGGAGUGAAGGACCUCUUUAACUCCCAGUGGGGACAUGACACUGUAGGUGCUGUCGCUCUGGACUGCUCUGGGAACGUUGCCUGUGCAACGUCAACUGGUGGGAUACGAAACAAAAUGGUCGGCAGAGUAGGAGAUUCCCCUGUCAUUGGCUCGGGGGGCUAUGCUGAUAACCUGAGCGGAGCCGCAUCUUGUACCGGCCAUGGAGAAUCCAUCCUGAGAGUCACUCUGGCCAGACUCAUCCUGUUCCACAUGGAGCAAGGUAAAGGCACCGCCGAAGCUGUGAACGUUUCUCUGACCUACAUGGGCGAGCGGGUCCGAGGAGGAGGUGGGGCCAUAGCGGUCUCUCGUACGGGGGAUUGGGCCGCCAGGUUCACCACAGAGAGGAUGGCUUGGGCAGCCCUGGAGGAGGAGCGUCUGACCUAUGGGUUAAACCCAGGGGAAGCCUUUAAAGAGCCUGUGAACAUGCUUAACUGAAGGAGAGGUUGAUGCUGUGAAAAACAUUCUCCAUCUUUCUCUGGCAUCGAGUUGUUAAUAUAUGGGUCUCUGUGGAUCAUGAUUGACUCUCACUAACCUUUAUUUAACAUUGUUGAAAGGUUAACUGUCCCAAAACUGGACCAUCUAAUUUUAGAUACAUUAAAUAUGGUACUUAGUAGUGUGAAUGUAUGUACUUUCAAAGGUUUGAUGAGAAAUGUUUUUAAGGACUUCUCAGACACCAGUGGGAUGUGAGAAAUGUGCGGUUGAGUAAACUAACCCUGUUUUAUUCCACAUUCUCUUUAUAGUUUAAAUAAAUAUUCUCUCAUCCGACCUUUUAAUGAUUUGAAAGUGAUUGUACAGCCUUUUCCUAGCCUAAUGAACUAACCCCUGCAGAGUUUAAUACUAAUUAACAUUUUGGAUUGUUUGAUCAAUAGGGAUUGGGUCUAGCAGGGGUAGAGACUAUAUCUUCAUCCCUGUGUCAACUGUGGAUGGAAAACAGAUAAAAAAAGUUUUAUGCCAGAUUUUGU